UAUAACUUUUUCAAAACCCUAGGGUAGCUGUGAUAUAAUAGCACUAUCUUCAUCCAUCAAUCAAUUGCAUCUGAGAGAGACGAGAGCCGAACCAAAGAUGGUGUCGUUGAAGUUACAGAAGAGGCUUGCAGCCAGUGUGCUGAAGUGUGGGCGGGGAAAGGUUUGGCUCGAUCCCAACGAAGGCAAUGAAAUCUCCAUGGCCAAUUCUCGCCAGAACAUAAGGAAGCUGGUGAAGGAUGGCUUCAUUAUCAGAAAGCCUACCAAGAUUCACUCAAGAUCUCGUGCUCGCCGAAUGAAGGAGGCUAAGAGAAAGGGCCGUCACUCUGGAUAUGGUAAGCGCAAGGGUACUAGGGAGGCUAGGUUACCCACUAAAGUGCUUUGGAUGAGGAGAAUGAGGGUCCUCAGGCGCCUGCUUCGCAAGUAUAGCGAGUCAAAGAAGAUUGAUAAGCACAUGUAUCAUGACAUGUACAUGAAAGUGAAGGGUAAUGUUUUCAAGAACAAGCGUGUCCUGAUGGAGAGUAUUCACAAAUCAAAGGCUGAGAAGGCUAGAGAAAAGACAUUAUCAGAUCAGUUUGAGGCUAAGAGGGCAAAGAACAAGGCAAGCCGUGAAAGAAAGUUUGCCAGGAGAGAGGAGCGCUUGGCCAAGGGUCCAGGAGAGAGGGAAGCACCUGCACCGGUAACCCAAUCCCAGCCAACGCAGGUGUCUAAAAAAUCAAAGAAGUGAAACCUGUGAAGAUAGUGGUGGCUCUUUCUAAGUUUUUGUGUUAGAAUUUAUAGUUAAGGUUUUUGGCUCCCUGCCCGCCACCCCUACCUACCCCCUCCCUGGUGCUAUACCUUUAUAGUUAAGGGGUAAGUUUUUUACUGCUGUACUUUUUAUUUAUGCUAUUUGUUCAGUUUUAGACCUACCUUGCAAUGGUAAAUUUUGAAGACGAAAAUCAUUCUUGCCUUUACUCUUUAA